AUGGAGGCAAAAAGUGUCUUUGUUUCUAAGGUGGAGGGGGAGAGCUUGAAGAAGGUGUCUAUUAUGGCUCCCCUCCAUCCUCCCUCCAUACCCACCCCCUACACCCAUCCACCUUCCCCUUCACCAUAUUCUGACUGUCUCGCACGCACUCCAACCUACCCUACCCGAGAGCCAAUUUACCUUACCCGAGAGCCAAUCUACCUUACCAGAGAGCCAACAUAUCCUACCAGAGAGCCAACCUACCCUACCCGAGAGCCAAUCUACCUUACCAGAGAGCCAACAUAUCCUACCAGAGAGCCAACUUACCCGACACUGAGAGCCAAGCUAUUUCACCAGAGAGCCAACCAAUCCUACCCGAGAGCAAACCUACCCUACCCGAUAGCCAAGCUAUCCCACCAUAGAGCCAACCUACCGUACCCGAGGGCCAACCUACCCUACCCAAGACCCAACGUACCCUAUCCGAGGGCCGAUCGUUCUACCCGAGGCCCAACUAGUCUGCCCAAGGGAAAACCGUUCUACCCGAGAGCAAACCUACCCUAUCCGAGGGCCGACCGUUCUACCCAAGAGAAAAGGUGA